AAAGAAUUGGGCAGCAGAGAGUAGCAGAAUGUUGAGGAUGUGAGAGUGCGGGGCGGACGGAGACUGCAGAGUGAGUUACAGUCAGACGGGGCUGUCCGUGCACGGGAGCAGUAACGUGAUACAAGUCCAGCAGCACCGGGGACCCUGCAGGUCAAGGCUGGCCAGGAUAUGGGGGCUGGAAGUCAGUUUUAUGGAUGCACAUGAGGUCAGGGUGGCCCAGCCAUGCCUAGAAUCCCAGCCCUGCUUCUACUACUCACCUGCUCCUUGGAGCCCCUGUGGGGAGCCCCAGCUGCGAUCCUCAGACACCUACAGAUGAAUAAGGCUCCUGAGCCAAUACCCACCCAGGCACAGGAACCACCAGUGAUAAAUGACUGGAAGAUCAUCGCCCCAAGCAGACCAUGCAGGUUCCGGCGAAGCAGUGGUGGAAUCGGUGGUGAACUUCCUUUAUCAAAAAGCAGCCAGGCCCUGGGGGAGGAUUCCCCUUUUAUACUGAAUCUACAGAGCCUGUCUGAGGCAAAUCUGAGCUCAGAAAACCCCAACAUCCAGGUCACUAUUGAAGUGGAUCCAAACUCCCAAGCAGACUUUGAAUUAGAUUUGUCAAAUUCUCGAACAAAUUGGUCUGAUUCCGAUUGGAUAUCAAAACAUGAACUCUUUUGGCCUUUGUUUUGGGAGUACAGUGACAAUUAUGAGGAAGAAGGGUCCACAUCCCAAUACCCCUGGGAAGACAAUGCUGUAGGUGGGUCAGAAGGAGACUGGGAACCAGCAGAACCCACAGAAAACAACUCAAUCUCGGAAGAAACAUAUCUGUAUGAUUAUGGUGAUGAAAAUUGGAGCCCCUGGUCCCCAUGCAGCGCCACUUGUGGUGAUGGGAACCAGAAACGCGUUCGCUCCUGCGGCUAUUCCUGCACUUCCACAGAGUCCCGGGUUUGUAACCUUUCUCCGUGUGCAGGAGAACAAACUACAGAAAAUUGGACUCCAGGAUGGGUAACUGAGAGUGCGGUUCCCUCGUCCCCUCCUGCGCACAUAGACAGCUGUGAACGUUGGCUGUCCUGUAAGAGUGACUUCUUGAGCCAUUACUUGCACCGGGUCCUCACAGAGUUACCCAACUGCCCUUGCUCUUACCCCUCAGAGGCCGUGUACAGUGCGGUCACUCUGCGGGACGAGGCUUUGGCUCGGAACUUUCGCUGGAGAGACGCAAGUGGAGGACGUGAGAGACUGGAUAUUUACAACCCAGGAGCACGGUUUUGUCUCCGCUCUAUGCUCUCUAGAGACAGCAGCAGCCUUGGAGCUCAACACUGCUGCUAUGACGAGAGCCUUCAUUUGCUGACUCGUGGACAGGGUGCUGGGACCCCCAACCUCAUAAGUACAGACUUCUCUCCUGAGCUCCACUACAAGGCUGAUGUGCUACCUUGGAUCUUGUGCAAGGGUGACUGGAGCCGUAUUCACUCCAUUAGACCACCCAACAAUGGCCGUGAGUGUCCAGAAAACCCCUCUGAGAAGGAGUACAUGUCCCAGCUGCAGGAGGCUCGUGAAUACUAGAGCAAUGUGCACCUUUCAGCUGCAGGGACCUGAUCUGUUGGCGUUCAUUCAUUUAUUGUCCUGUAUAUAUUGUAAUGCAUUGUACAGAAAUUGAUACUUAUAGACAGCAGCUCAUAUGCAAGCUGUGCAGUCUGCGUCUUAUAUGCAGAAUGUUAUGUAGAGCAGUAUGUUUCUGAAUGCUGUGUGUUUAAUAAGUACCAGAAUACAGCUGAUAAAUUUCUCAACCUUACAUGCUGGCUCACUAACAUGUGAGGAAGAGACCUACAGAUGUAUUUUUUUAGGAUAUCUGGAAUAACAGAUGUUUUAUCUUACUAGAGCGUCCUUGGUGAAUUAAGGCCAAGCUUUCAGACUAUAAAGCCAUGUAGAGAAUUGCUUCUAAAUAUUAUGGUAUUGUAUACAAGAGCACUAUGUAUUUGUUACAAGCAGUUUGUGUACAGAAAUGUGUAUUUUUUUACUAAGCACUGUGUAUGUAUGUUUGUAUAUACUGUAUGUUUGAGAUUUUGUGUGUGGGUGUAUACAGAAUUUGAAGAUUGUUUUUUGUGUACUUCUUGACUCCUUUUGAUCAUUGAUUUAUUAGGGAAAGACCUUAUGAUCCAAACAUUACAAUUUAUUAGAUCAUGUCAUUUUUUUGUAUGACACUAGUUCACCAUGUUUAAAGGAACCUGAAACAUAUUUUCUUUCAUACAGGUGGUGUGUUCACAAUCCAUUACUCCUGGGAAUUACUCUUAUCUACCACUAGGAGGAGGCAAAGAUUCUCUAACCCCAAGAGCCCUAUAAAAUCCCUCCCACAUACCUCAAUCUUUACUUUGCCUCUGCUGGAGGUGGUUGAAGAAUGAAGAUGUGCAUUUGAUUCAUCAGAGAAGAUGUUUUUUUUCAGUCUUUUGAGGCCUUUUUUCUCUGAGUAUAGUGUGUGUCAGAGGGAUGUAUAUGGGGUAUGGUUUGUGAUUCAUUUUUCACCUCAUGGGAAAUGUUGCACGUUGGCUGGUUUUAAGCACAUUGGGUUAGUGCACAUUCGUUCUCGACUAUACGCAGGUUGGGUUUUUUGAGCGCACGUUAAUUCUCUACGAUGAGCGUUAUAUGUCCUUCAGAUUUUAGUUUUCUGCUUUUUUUUGCAUUUCGGCUUAGAGCACAUUGUACCUAUGAGUUUAUUUAACAAGCUACUUAGGAGGAGGCAAGUAAUUUCCAUUCCUCAAGAGCUUUUUUAAGGGGGUUAUAGUGUUUGUUCCAUUAUAGCAUAUGGCAAAGCAAUGCAAUAGUCUGAUUUUAUCCCUAAAUCCACCCAAGAAACUGAGUUCCCUGAACACCUUUCUACCAUUGUUAAUGCAAUCAGAACAACCUAAUGCUGUUUCUUUGGGUAUUAAUGCACCUUCUGUUUGUUCAUUACAAGAGAAUACCGAAAUUGUUUCACCUAAUGUGCACAAUGUUAUCAAGGCUGCAGUUUCUGAGGCAUUAGCUGCUUUCCUGCCUUCAAACAAGUGUAAAAGGUCAGUUCCGAUUUUACCUUCAACAAGUUCUGUGUACCCUGAAUACAGGGGUACUGUUACGUCUUCAUAUGGUGAAGUUUCCUCUGGUGAUGGGGGAUCUUCAAUUGAUGUUGAACCUGAUCUUGCCUCUUUUUUGUUUUAAAGGGACAGUCAAGUAUAAAUUAAACUUUCAUUAUUCAGAUAGGACUUUUAAUUUUAAUUGACUUUCCAAUUUACUUUUAUCAUCAAAUUUGCUUUUUUCUCUCGGUAUUCUUAGUUUAAACUAAACAUAGGUAGGCUCAUAUGCUAAUUUCUAAGCCUUUGAGGGCUGCCUCUUAUCACAUGAUUUUUAAAUCUCUUUUCAACACAAAGAGACAGAAAGUACAUGUGGGCUAUAUAGAUAACACUGUGUUCAGGCACAGAAAGUUAUUUAAGAUCUAGCACAAUACAAUGCUAAAUUUAAGACAAUAGAUAAUAAACAGUCACAGUCAUGUGAUCAGGGGGCUGGAAGAAGGUUCCUAGAUACAAGGUCAUCACAGAGGUAAAACGUACAUUAAUAUAACUGUGUUGGUUAUGCAAAACUGGGGAAUGAGUAAUAAAGGGAUUAUCUAUCUUUUAAAACAAUAACAAUUCUAUGGUUGACUGUCCCUUUAAAGUUGAACAUAUUCAUUCUUUUUUAAAGGAGGUCUUAAUUACUUUAGGGGUUACAUGUCCUAAAGUUUCUGAUGACAAGCUUUGUAAUACUUUAAAUUCAGUUUUUAAGACUGUUAAUCUCCCUUGGGUUUCCCCUAUUGCUGUUGCUGUCUCUGACAUGAUUUCUAGGGAAUGGUCUAAGCUGGGUAAUGCAUUGAUUCCUUUCUGCAAGGUUUAAAAAGUUAUAUCCUUUACCUGCUGCUAAUAUUGAUUUGUGGGUAAUGGUUCCCAAGGUUUAUGUGGCCAUUUCCACUCUGGCUAAACAUGCUAAUAUUGUUUUGGAAGACGGUAUGCCAAGAUAACAAAGCAAAUUAGAUAAUAGAAGAUGUUAAACACACAGGUAAAACAUUUCUUGGGAUCCACAAGCAUUACAGCUCCUGAGCAGAAGACUAGCAGUAACCAUAUCGGGAGUGGAAGUUUCAUGUACUCGCCAGUGACUGGAAAUGGUACCUGAGCGGAGAUUAACCACAUCUAGGGUCUGUAAUGUGAACAUUACAUGUUAUAACUGACUAGAGCUCCAAUUCUGCAACUUCUCUUUAAGGAAAGAUGUGAACACAAGUCAGAUAAAAAGGCACUUCCUCAGGGUGCUAAAGAUGUAUAUGUGAGCUCUAAAAGGGCCAAAUACUCGCCGUUAUGGGGUGAAAUGUAACAAAAUCUCUUUUUAUUGUAAUGUAGGUGUCAUUCUUUUACAUCAAGAACCUGCAUAAGCAGAUAACUGCUCUAAAGGUAUAAUUUGCCUUUCUGCAAUUCUUUGAAGGACCUCAUUAUACUGCCAAGACUUCUUAAUCAUCUCACUAGACCAGAGAACUUCAUAUCAUAGGCCUGAUCUAAAGGUUUCUGCACAGGAAAGACGGUCUAAAGGUCUCGGGCGAGGCGGUCUGCGCUCGGGCGAGAUGAUCUAAGAAGUCUUGUCAGUAUGAUGAGGUCCCUUUAAAGAAUUUUAGAAACACAAGUUUUAACUAAAGGUGUUUAUCUCACUAUGCAGGGUUCUGUGUGUGAGAGAGAGACUCCCUAUGUUUCAAUAUAAGGUCAAAAAAAAAAUCAAUCCCAAAGCUUUUAUUUCUUUCCAUGGCGGUGGGGUUUUUUUUUUUUUUUUUUUUUUUUUUUUUUUUUUUAAAUCAUCAGACCCUAAGUGAGAUGUUCUUGUUUCUCAUAUCUUACUUUUAAACUAUCAAACUGUUACACAACUAAAUUAUCAUAAGAGUGUUCAUUCACGAUUAGUUUUUAUACACAACUUGGUCUGUUUUUCUUAUUCAAGCAGCAGCUAUUUAAAUUGUUUGAAAGCCAAAAAGCUUUACAUACAAUGUUUUUGACUCCUCUACUAGAAUAGGUGCCUAUGUCAGAUACUAUAAAUAAACUUAAAUCAAAUCUA